CAUAGUUAGCUGGCCACUCGUUUUUAUAUCAUUUCAUUAUUUUCUUCUCCCUUCGAUUUCUCCAGAACAGCAAGGGAGAAUCAAUUCCUCAUCGUUGCAAUUCUUCCCUCUCUAGAUUCUCAUCUUUCCUCUCUUCUAUCUCCUUCAGAAAAAAAAAAACAAAAAAACCACAGCUUCAUAUUAUAUAUCUAGCUCUUCAUUUUCUCUUGUUCAAUCAAGGUUAUGCUUUAAAAUUCUGAAACUCACAGUUUCAGGCAAAUUUUAGCCUAAAGAUCUGUGCGUUGACCCUUGGCAGGUUCAGCUUUUGGAGGGGUUGGAGUUGUUCUUCCACAUAAGCCAUUGAUUAUUCCAAGUUUCUCUUUUCUCUCUCUCAAGUUCAAAAUUUUGUUUUUUUUCUUUCUGUCUCUUUGGUGGACUUGUGGAAUGCUGGGGUCAGAGAUUUCUGAGACAUGUUCUAGCAGACUUUUGGUGAAUUGGAUCACUGUGGUUUCUGUCAUGAGUAGAAGAGAAUCUGAGUCCUCAGAGAUCUAAGCCUCUCUGGUGUUUUGUUCAGCACACACCCUUUUGUUGUGCCAUAGUUGUGAAAGUGAAAGAGUGAGAGAAGAUGAUGGGAAUGAGGAAUAUUAGUAGUAGUAAUAACAAUAAUAAGACAAAUGGUCAUUCUUCCAUCAUGAACAAUGGAGGUUCAGAUGGUAACAGAGCUGAGCCAGGUUCAAAGGAAUGGGAGAUGAGGCCAGGUGGAAUGUUGGUUCAGAUGAGAACUGCUGAUUCGGAUCGGAACCCAGCACUUGUGCCAACAAUUAGAGUUAGGAUCAAGUUUGGUUCAAUUUACCAUGAAGUCAAUAUUAGUUCACAAGCUACAUUUGGGGAGUUGAAAAAAAUGCUGUCUGGGCCAACUGGGUUACACCAUGAAGACCAAAAGCUGUUUUACAAAGACAAGGAGAGGGAUUCAAAGGCUUUUCUUGACAUGGUUGGGGUGAAGGACAAAUCCAAGAUAGUGCUAGUGGAAGACCCUAUUAGUCAAGAGAAGAGGUUGUUAGAGAGAAGGAAGAAUGCUAAGAUGGAGAAAGCUGCAAAGUCAAUCUCAGCAAUCAGCUUGGAAGUAGAUAGGCUUGCAGGACGGGUAUCAGCCUUUGAGUCCAUUAUUAGCAAAGGUGGGAGAGUUGUGGAAACAGAUUUGCUUAAUCUGAUUGAGUUAUUGAUGAAUCAAUUGCUUAAAUUGGAUGGUAUAGUGGCUGAUGGGGAUGUGAAACUACAGAGGAAAAUGCAGGUAAAAAGAAUUCAAAAGUAUGUUGAAACACUUGAUGUGCUGAAGGUUAAGAAUUCUAUGUCUAGUAGCAAUGGAGACCAUGCCACAGUGCAGCUUCAACAGAAGCAUUCAAAUGGGCAACAACAAAAGCAUUCAAAUGGACAUCAUAGAUCAGCCUUAGCACCAAUUCAAGAGCAGCAACAAGAACAAGAACAACCCCCAAGGAAUUCCACCUCAGGAGUUGUAGUUACCACAAACUGGGAAUUGUUUGAUUCUGUCCCACCAUUAAUCCCUGUGCCAUCCACAUCCCCAUCCCCACAUCCCUCGGAGACCAAUAAAUCAGGUCCUCCCAAGUUCAAUUGGGAAUUCUUCAACUAAGUACCCUACCAUGUGUGGAUAUGAUUUGGGUUUGUCUUCCACUUGGAGUGUUAUAUGUUUUGCAUUCUUUUCUGUAUUUAGAUUUGUUUAGCAACCCCCUAUAAUCUGUCAUUUACUUCAGAAAUAAAUGGGGUUGCUAUGAUAGUGAUUAUCAUAGAAAAAAGUUACAUUUCUGUGAUUUUGGUGUCCACCGAAUUCAUUUACCAAAUGUAUGGGCCUAUUUUUUUUAUGGAUAUAUAUAAUAUUAUUAUUAGCAUUUGUAA